UAUAUAAAAUUGUAUGUUUUUUGUAACUUGAAAUGUAAAUUUUUUUAAAAUGAAUAAAUGACAAUUUGAUAAAGAAAAAUAGAUAAUUUCUAUAAUAAUGUCAUUUUAGUAAAAUAUGAUUAAAAAUAAACAUAAUUAUUACUUACUGCUAGUUUGCAUUGGCGCAAUGGUUUUUUACUUCUUGAAUGUCAUCCUUUUUGUAUUAUAACCCAUUUUAUAAAUCCCAAUCUUCGGUUAACACCAUAAAUAUUCAAAAAAGUAUAUGCUAAGUCUAUUGCUUCCGACCGACAUUUUUAAACCAAGUCUCCAUGAUCUCAAUGAGAUCAAAAAUAAUCUCCCUAGCAGCUCCGAUAAUAUGUUGAUGAUGAAUUCCAUGAGCCGAGUGCCUUCCGGCGUAAAUCAUUGUUCCCCUAUCGCAUCCACCAAAAAUAAGAGAAAAAAUUUUACGCCCCGCAGUUUUGGUCGCUCGGAGGAAUCGAAUUCGAUUCCUAAUCCCACGUUCAGGAGUGAUGAAGCUGAUAAUCACGAAAAAUGCGACGAUUUCCUUGAUUAUUCAUCUCCUGUAACCAGCAUGGUAGCGUCCACGAGCCAUUAUGAUAUACCAAAUUCUCAACACGUCCCCAAAAGUUGCGAGCAGCCCUUAGAUCUCAGUUAUAAAAAGAAUAAGAAAAUAGGUGAUUUUAGUGAUAAACUCAGUUCUAGAGACAAAAUAAUUUUCUCUCCCCAAAACGACGAAAUUCCUUAUUCCGAGCAAAUUUAUUUUCCCAGCAAUAAUGAUAAUGAUUCUAAAGUCUCAUUCAACGAUCAUAUAAAUUCCUCCUCUCAUUGGCCACCUCUUACAAAACGCCGAUUAACGAGGGAAGAAAGGGGCAUCGACGCAAAACCCUUAUCGAAUAAUCUGCUAGAUAAAAGAUAUACCUGGCAUCAAAGACUUUCAAAUUAUUAUUCCUACGGACGCGAACCAACCCAUAAUAAUUCUAAGAGAACUAUCCCUCCCAUAUCCCACAAAUACUAUCCCGAGGUGUAUCCGAAGAAAAAUGAUAAUAAAAUCAUUAAUAGUCAUAAACUAGUCCUUGAGUCGUUCCAUCAUAAAAAUAAAGAAUCAAUUUCAAAAUGCUCAAAGGUAUCGAGAUGGAAGGAGUCAUUGUUAAAUUACCCAUUUAGAGAUCCUAAUGGGAUCAAAUCUUUUUCUACCAAAAGAUAUUUACUUCAUGGUGGAUCCAUUCAAUAUCAGCAGACACAUACAGGCGAACAAAUAAACUCACACUCCAAUGAAAAACAUUUUUUUAAACCGUUCCACGCGGCACCUAAUCAGUUUACGUCUUUUAAAUCGUCCAAUCAACUCGCUGACAAUUAUCUUAUAGAUAGAAUCACGAAAACUGAAAGAGAUAAGCACACCUUUCAUAUCCAGGGGCAGAAAAAACGUACCGCUUCCCAUUUCUCACAGACCCAUAUAAGCAAACCUACCAAUAAAAUUUAUACUGGGCAAUUAGUGGCCCAGUAUUCGAUGUAUGAACAAGGAAAAAUUUGCGACUUUUAUCCAGAAGGAGAAAGCCACGACUGUUCUCACUCCUCGCUAGAACAUUUCCACUGCAAAGGUGAUUUCUCAUCUUGCAAUGAACCUUUUUUGACGAAAGAUAUCUUCAAGGAGCAUUUCAAAACCCACGAACAUGAGGACGCCAUUUUUGAAAGCUCUUAUAAAAUAUACGACGAUUUAACCGUUUGCAAUUUUUCCAGCUGUUCUUUCCUCCAAUCAAAACACUUCCAUUGCGUAUGGGCCGGUUGCUUGAAGGCCUUCGCUUUUAAUUCCACGCCCGAUAGGAUAAAUCACUAUAAGAAGCACCAAAUCGAUACGUGGUCCAUGAUUUCGGAUGACCCUAUACACACUACGUCUAACUUUCAAACUACAAAUAUAUUUCAUGCUGGUGGCAAGCGUAAGAGAGGAAGGCCCCCUAAAAAUCGCAUCCUGGACACUCCCUUACAAAAUACUAUAGCUUACGCUUUCGAAUCAGGCUCUCUAUGCCCAUUUAAAUCGACGAGCAGGAAAGGUGUUGAUGAUAACAACUUUUCGCAAGAUAAUAGAGGUAGUAACGUUAUUAAUACGCGUAGCGAAAGCGAUUGGGAUUCGGGAGAGGACAAUAAAGAUAAUAUCAAGCCUCAAUUCAAAUACGGGGAGUUCGAUCUUAAUCUAAGGGAAAUUCAACAUCAUAACACUCCUUCACAUAUGAUCAAAAUUGAAAAUUUCGAUACCCAAAAUAUUUAUAAACCGCACAAAAUUAAUCUGGCCAAACCUAAAAUGACACUACCCACCCCAAAAUUGGUGCAAACCCCAAGGAAUCGUCCUCAUUCGGUUAAGCCUAACUUAGUUGGAAAUGAUUCUAUGGGAAAGUGUAGAGACGUUGUCAUAACUCAUGACAAGAAGCGAGCGUUAGAUCAUUCUGCUUCCUUAAGCGGCAACGACGAAGAAAGCGGAGACAAGAUUAGUAUAACUUCCAUUCCUCGUAAACUCAAAGACGAUGAAGAACCUAAUACCAAAAAUAACGGUAAUACGAAUACGAGUAUUCCUACCUCACGUAAUGAUAAAAUUAUUUAUCACCAUUCUCCUUUUCCUCAAAGGAUUACUUAUAAUAUGGAGAAAAUGGCGGCCAAACGUAAAAACUGCAAAAAUCAGGAAUACAAGAGUUUGUGCCUGACUUUUAUACCCUAUAAGAGAUUGUCGAAGUUGAAGAAAACCCCGUGAAGUUCAUAGUUUGGGUUUUUAUUAGUCAUUUUUUAUUAUAGAUUUUUUAUAUUAAAAAAAACAGAGUGCAAUUCUAUCUAUAAGUAUAAUAUAUUUUAUUAAAAUAACAGAAUAGAAUA